AUGUCUGACUCGGAUGGCCAGGAGCUUGUCACCAAGCCCUUCAAGUUCGUCACUGGCACCGACGCCCGUUUCCCCAACCAAAACCAGACCAAGCACUGCUGGCAAAACUACGUCGAUUACCACAAGUGCAUCCUCGCCAAGGGUGAAGACUUCGCUCCUUGCCGCCAGUUCUGGCACGCCUACCGCUCCCUGUGCCCCUCUGGUUGGUACCAGCGCUGGGACGAGCAGCGAGAGGGAGGAAACUUCCCCGUCAAGCUUGAUGCUUAA